AGUAGCCUAGAGGCGCACUCCUGUCUCCUCUCCAUAAAUCCACUCCUCAUAUCAUCUGUCAUUAGUUACCUAUAUCUUCGGAAUCAGUACAUUUUUGAACAGUUUCUUCUACAGAAACUUAUAGGAAACAUCUCUAAAUGGCGUCGCCUCUGAAAGUGUGCAUUGUCGGCUCUGGAAACUGGGGUUCAGCCAUUGCCAGGAUAAUCGGCAGUAAUGCUCAGGCCCUGCAGCGUUUCGCCACCACAGUCAAGAUGUGGGUGUUUGAGGAGAACGUGGACGGCAGGAAUCUCACAGACAUCAUCAACACAGACCAUGAGAAUGUCAAGUACCUGCCUGGAUACAGGCUGCCUGACAACGUGGUGGCUGUACCUCAGCUCCAGGAUGCUGCUGAGGGGGCUGACCUCCUAGUGUUCGUGGUUCCUCACCAGUUCAUCAGGAAGCUGUGUGAUGAGAUGGUGGGCUGUGUCUCCUCCCAGGCCAGGGGAAUCACACUCAUUAAG